CGGAGAAAUUUGCCGGCAGAACAGAGAUCGCUGGAGGAUGGCCGCCGGCAACCAGCGGAAGUGCCUCUUUGUGGUGAUCAAGGAUAGAAAGCCUGAUUAUUUUGUGUGCAGCAUGAACAUCGAGCAUAUGUUCCAGUCCGGCCCCUCCAGAGGGGCUGCGGUAGAGAUCCGCAGCCUCCCCAGCCCCAUGGGGCAGAUCCCCAAGCCCCUCCCCAGCCCCAUGGGGCAGAUCCCCAAGCCCCUCGCCAACCCCGAGCGCAUCGACUUCGCCCUCGCCGGCGACGGCGCCACUUUGGUGGGCGUCAGCAACCUCAAGCGCACCGUCUUGUACGACACGAGGUCAGGAGCCACGUUAACGGGGCCGGAGCUCCAGCACGACAAGACCGGCGGCACCUUCGUCAUCCCGCUGGGGCGCAGGCUCUACGCGCUCAAAUGCCGUCUCAACAGGUCUGACCAAGGGAAGCCCUCCGGCGAGGACUGCGCCCUCCUCAUCCAGGACGCCGGCGGCACCCGCCUCAGGCUAGACUGCUCCUCUAGCUCAUGGCGCACCCUCCCAGAGCCACCGCCCGACUUCCGCUGCCUCAACGGCUUCCAGAUAAAAUGCCAGCUCGCCGCCUACUUCACCGCCGGCGCGCGCAUCUGGGUCUCGGCGGAGGAGAGGGGCACCUACUCUUUCCACACCGUCCGCCGCGAGUGGCGCAAGGAGGGCGACUGGCAGCUGCCCUUCCACCACCGCGCCGUGUUCGUCCCUGAGCUCCACAACCUCUGCUUCGGCCUCUGCUCCAAGGACCGCUGCCUCGUGGCGGUCGACGUCCAGCAACCGCCGCCGGUCGUCCGGUACAAGUGGGAGGACACAUUCCCGAGCUGGGCCCGUGAGAACGGCAACGUCUGCGGCCUCAUGCCGGAAGGCAGCCUGGUCUACCUCGGGGACGGCAGGUUCUGCAUUGCUUGGACUGUCUUGAUGAUUGACAGGGUCGAUGGCCGCCCGCACUACUUCAUCCACUUGAUGGCCGUGCAAAUCAUCAAGACUUCUACCGGCUCCGGCUCCGGCAAGAAGCAGCUGAGGAUGGUCAAGCGCGGAGUUUGCUGCUACGAAAUGCCAAGCCAUGGCCUCAUGGCUCAUGUUUUUUAACCAAACUUGUAUCCUUUGCACGAGGAACUGACUGGUUAUUGGAGGUCGCUCAGCAAAUCCUUGAUGAAGCAGCUGCAGAUGGUCAAGAGGGGAUGAGUUCAGGUUCAGGCUAUUAAUGGUGUUGUAGUACGUGUGAUAUACCAACCAUGGACUCUGAAUGUUCAAUCUUCCCUCAAACUUGAGAGGUUGUUAGUUUCCAAACUUUCAAUUUUUUGUAUGCUGUUGUUGCCUUGUUGGGCAGUGAAAUCUGUUGAAGGUAGGUUCAUUGGUCGGUUAGGUUUUAGUUCUUUUUUUGGACUUAUUAUUAGGUUA